AUGGCUAUGGCGUCCUCAUCGAUUACUCAGGAAAUUGUCUUAACACCGAACCCUGGCAGGUUCGUAUUGUUCCCGAUCGUCUAUCCGGACCUUUGGGACAUGUAUCAACGUGCACUAGCAUCCUUUUGGACCACCUCAGAGAUCAACAUGGUGCACGACAUUCGUCAAUGGACCGAGGCUUUGACAGCGAAUGAAAGACACUUUAUUUCGCACGUCCUAGCUUUUUUUGCCGCCUCCGAUGGUAUAGUUGUUGAGAACCUUGUCAGUCGAUUCGCAUCGGAGGUUCAACUCGCGGAGGCCAGAGCAUUUUACGCGUCCCAAGCGAUGAUGGAGACGAUCCACUCCGAGACCUACGCCAUGCUAAUCGACGUCUUGAUCAAGGAUAUGGGGGAAAGAGAGAGGUUGUUCAACGCCAUGGAGAGUAUACCUUGCGUCAAGGAGAAGGCUACUUGGGCGGUGAAGUGGAUUGCUGAUGCCGAAGCUUCGUUCCCUAUACGCUUGAUUGCCUUCGCUGUGGUUGAAGGGGUAUUCUUCUCAGGGUCCUUUGCUUCGAUUUUUUGGCUCAAGAAGAGGGGUCUAAUGCCUGGGUUGACCUUCUCAAACGAGUUGAUUAGCAGAGAUGAAGGCCUCCACACGGACUUCGCAUGCAUGCUAUUCGGGUAUAUCCAGAACAAGCCGCUUCCCGCUGUCGUGGUACAGAUAUUUCGGGAAGCGGUCUUGAUCGAGCAACGUUUUGUGACCGGCGCUGAUGGCUUUAUUCUUGUCUUUUUACUAGAUGCCCUACCGGUCAAACUCAUUGGAAUGAACGCCGAAAAUAUGUGCAAAUACAUUGAGUUCAUCGCGGAUCGUUUGCUCCAGGCAUUGGGAUACGACAAGAUAUACAGUGUCGGCAAUCCCUUCGACUUCAUGGACAUAAUUUCGCUCGAGGGGAAGACCAACUUCUUUGAGAAGCGCGUCUCGGACUAUGCCAAGUUUUCCGUGGCAUCCAAUGCUACCAGUGAUCAUGCUUUGUUCGUCCCUACCUAA